CUUGGUGAAUGCUUUGGUGUCGUCGAUCCGGCUAUGUACUACGAUGCCUGCGUGUACGAUCUGUGUUUUACUCUCCCGGAGGACGAUCUGCUCUGUGCUGACGUAGAUUCCUAUGCAUCGGCCUGUAGGGAGGCUGGAGGAGUUCCCGGAAACUGGAGAGCAGAGCUUACUCAGUGUGAGGUGACUUGUCCUGUCAACUCAACCUUCCUGACUUGUGCCAGUGGUUGUCAACCUGCCUGUUAUGACAUGAACCUCCAGUCUAACUGCCCGGUGUCCUGUAUCGAGGCAUGCGUUUGUGACGAGGGUCUAGUCUUGGAUGGUGAUAAGUGUGUUGACCCUCAAAACUGCGGUUGUUUGGGGCCACUUGGUGAAUACCGCUCCCCCGGUGAAACGUGGACUAUUAAUGACUGCAGUUUGAAAUGUGCCUGUUCCGGAGGGAGCGUUCAAUGUUCCAGUGGACCUUGCGGAAAUAACGAGGAGUGCACCAUCAAGAGAGGGGUCAGAGACUGUUACUGCGAAGAUGAAUACUCUAGAGAUGAUAAUCAAGAAUGCGUGAGAGACCCAGGACGUUGUGUGGUUCGCGGGGAUCCCCAUUACCGGACCUUCGACCGUCACCGCUACGACUUCCAAGGCGAUUGCGAAUACACUCUGAUCAGACCUUGCAACCACGACAACAGCAGUCUUGAGGACUUCCAUCUCUGGGGCAACAACCGAAAGAACAGUCCUUCUGAUAGAGUGUCCUACAUGAGAGGCUUUACUCUGGAGUAUAAUGGGACGUCGUACAGGGUGGAGAGUGGGAAUAAGGUGUUUUUCAACGGGAGGAGACUCUCGGGGUCUCUCUUCAGCUAUGGCAAUGAUGUCAGGAUACAGUGGGACAGUGAGUACCUGUACUUGGUGACCUCUUUUGGAUUGCAAGUAGUUUAUGACGGCAAGCACACUGCAGAUAUAGACCUGAGCUAUGAUUAUUGGACCAAGACAUGCGGCCUAUGCGGUACCUUUGAUGGCGAUGAUGGCAACGAAUACAGACGCCAAGAUGGGUCGCAGACACCAUACUUGACGGUAUUCACCCAGGACUGGGUCGUUGACCCCUCCACCUGCAAUGGGGAAUCCCCUGAACCACCUGUGUGUGAAGGAGACACAUAUGACGAUGCACUGGACCUCUGUUAUAUUUUCAGCUACAUUGAUAGUCCUCUGUCCGAGUGCUUUGACUAUGUAUCUCCUCGGGAUAUCUAUGAGGACUGUGUCUAUGACUCAUGUGCCCUCGGUCCUGACUUUGAUAUAUGUGACUACAUCCAGGAAUAUGCCUUGAUCUGUAUGGAUGAAGGCAUCGAUCUGGGAGAUUGGAGAUCGGAGGUUCCAGAGUGUGCUAUAACUUGCACUGGAGGUAAAGUGUACCAGACCGGAGCCAGCGCAUGUCAACCGACCUGUGGGUUCCAGCCCUCUGGCCCCUGCACCCGCCCCUCCUACGACAGGUGCGUCUGUCCAGAUGGCCUGGUGGAGGAUGGAGACCGGUGUGUUGACCCUAACGAGUGCGGGUGUGAUUUCUUCUACGGAGGAGAGAACAUCCACAUGGAGUCUCGCUCUGAAUGGAUCAGUGAUACCUGCGACCGCCGUUGUACCUGUACCGGAAUCACCCUGACCUGUUCUGACAUAGAGUGCGGAGAGUAUGAAGAAUGCAUCAUCAAGGGCGGGGUCAGGGACUGCUACUGCUUUGACAGGUUCACCCGCAACGAGGACGAUAUAUGUGUCAGAGCUCCCGGGGAAUGCACCGUUUGGGGUGACCCUCACUACACCACCUUUGACAACGGUAGGCACGACUUCCAAGGAGAUUGUGAGUACACCCUGGUUAGACCGUGCACCGAUCGUACUGAUUUGGUCGACUUUCACCUCUGGGGUGAUAACAAGAAGAUCCAACCUUCACAGUCGGUGUCGUACCUGAGGGAGAUUGUGCUUGAGGUGAACGGCACCAGCAUUGCAAUCAAGCAGAACCGUGAGAUCCUGGUAAACGGGGCCAGGAGGAUGGCUCCCAUUAGGAUGAACAAUGGCAUCAUGAUACGUACUGAAAGUGCCUACUCGAUCAUUGAGACUGAUUUUGGGUUGGAAGUGAGAUAUGACGGUGGAAGCACUGCCCAUAUUAAGAUUUCAUAUGACUACUGGAACGCUACAUGUGGCCUGUGUGGUACCUUUGACGAUGACAGGACCAAUGAAUUCAGGUUACCAGAUGGUAGUGUGACAACAUCUGAAAAUGUAUUUGGUAAUAGUUGGGUGUUAGAUGUCUAUGAGUGUGACCCCGAUUUAGAGAGACCAGUCGACAGGUGUGAGGAGGAUUCUGCUAUCAAAGAUCUGGUGGAAGAUAUCUGCUAUAUCUUUAUCAAUCCAGAAGGACCCCUUGGUGACUGUCUUGACUUUGUGAAGGAGGAUGAUUACUACGAUGCCUGUAUCUUUGAUCUCUGCUACACCGAUCCUGGUAACGACAUCGUCUGCGGGGCCUUGCAGGAGUACGUUCAGCAAUGCAGGGAAGCCAACGGCAUCAUCGGAAACUGGAGAGAGAGAGUGCUACAGUGUCCAUUCGAGUGUCCCACCGGCAAGACCUACCAGCCCUGUGGAAGUGCCUGCCAGCCAAGCUGCGCCUUACCCGAGGCAGACCUGAACUGCACCCUUCCCUGCCAAGAGACCUGUAGCUGUCCAGAGGGACAGCUAGACGAUGGAGGGCGAUGCGUGGAACCUGAGAAUUGCGGAUGCACCCUUCCUGAUGGCAGUUACAUAUCAGCUGGUAUGAUGUGGAUCAGCGAUGAUUGCUCUGAGUCUUGUAGCUGUUCAGGAGGAGUGACGGAGUGUUUGCCGUAUGGAUGCAAGGAAUAUCAGGAAUGUCGGAUCAAAGGCAACAUCCGAGACUGCUACUGCAGAGACAGAUUCACCUACGAUGGUGAACAGUGCAUCAGAGAGGAUGGAACUUGCACCAUCUGGGGAGAUCCCCAUUACACCACCUUUGACAACGUGAAGUAUGAUUUCCAAGGGGAUUGUGACUACACCUUAGUCAGGCCGUGCUCCAUCCGACCCGGCAUGGUGGAUUUCCACAUCUGGGGAGGCAACGAAAAGAACCGCCCAUCCAGCACAGUGACCCUCAUGAGACGUAUCAGUCUGGAGGUCAAUGGAACAGUCUAUACGGUAUCCAAGGACAAUGGCAUCUAUCUGAACGGAGAGCUCAGGAACUCGCCCGUUAUUGACCCCAAUGGGGUAGUUAUUAGAUCAGGAGUCAAAUAUACUAUUAUUGAGACUUACUUUGGGGUGACCAUUCGAUAUGAUCGCAGUGACACCGCCCAUAUACAGAUGCCCUUUGAAUACUGGAAUGCAACAUGUGGUCUUUGUGGAACGUUUGAUGAUGACAAAGCCAAUGACUUCAAGCUUCCUGAUGGCAGUAUAACCCCAUACGUAAAUGUCUUCGGAAAUGGCUGGAUACAGAAUGCUGAUGAAUGUGACCCGACUAUCACAGAUCCUAUUGAUAAUUGCGAGGAUGAUGAAGAUCUUUAUCAGGAAAUCAGGGAUAUCUGCUACAUUUUCAUUGAUCCAGAUGGUCCUCUAGGAAACUGUUUUGAUUAUGUUGAUUCUAAGGAUUACUAUGAAGCCUGUCUCUAUGAUCUGUGCCACACUGAUCCUGGUAGUGACGUCAUCUGUCCUGCCAUCCAGGAGUAUGCCCAACAGUGCAGGGAAGCGAAUGGCCUUGUCGGACUCUGGAGAGCUGCUCUUCCACGGUGUGCAUUUGAGUGCCCAAUAGAUAGGAUCUAUGAGCUUUGUGGGAGUGCCUGUCAUCCAAGCUGCGCGGAACCGGAUGCUAAUAUCAACUGCACUUUACCAUGCCAAGAGACUUGUACCUGCCGUGAUGGCAAGCUGGAUGAUCGUGGGCGAUGCGUUGAGCCAUCAGAUUGUGGAUGCCUAGUCCCGGGUGGGAUCUAUAUCUCGGCUACUGAUACCUGGACAAGCCCCGACUGCAGUGAGCGAUGCACCUGCUUCAACGGACAGGCUCAGUGUGAGCCGUUUGGAUGUACCGACAAUCAAGAAUGCGCGCUGAGGAACGGUGUGCAGGAUUGUUACUGCUUAGAUGGGUUUCUUUCACUUGGAGAUGUCUGUGUCAGGGCCCCUGGCCACUGUCAGAUCUGGGGUGAUCCUCAUUAUGUUACCUUCGAUAAGAAGAAAUACAACUUUCAGGGUUCCUGCGACUACACUUUGGUCAGAGAUUGCGGAAACUCCAGUGACUACCACCUGUGGUCCAACAAUAAACGACGGCGCCCAUCCAGCCGUGUUUCUUUCCUGACGGAAGUGAUCCUUGAUCUAAGGGGUUCCCGAUACGCUUUGAUGGAGGGCUUCCAUGUCAGAGUAAAUGGCAUAGAUGUGUCUGACUACCUUCCCUACAUUGAUGACCAUGUCUUGAUCUACAUGGAUGUGACAUCAAUGAAUCUGGUAACAGAUUUCUUAUGGGUGAGUUAUGAUGGACAAGACAGUGCUGAUGUGUACCUCAGCUACUAUGCAGGAAGAACGUGUGGCCUUUGCGGAUCUUAUGAUAGUGACAAAAAGAAUGAUUUAAUGCUUCCUUCAGAGGAGUUGGCAAGAUCAGCAACAGAGUUUGGAAACAGUUGGGUUGUUAAUCCUGACCAGUGUGAAGAUGUGGAUCCAGGUCCAACUGACCCUUGUGAAAAUGGAGUGACCAGUCGGAAAGAUGCAAUAGAUCUUUGUUACUACCUUAAAGAUCCUCUUGGACCCUUUGCUUCCUGCCAUAGUUAUGUAGAUCCCGAAGACCACCAUGGCUCAUGUCUUUUAUGAUGUAUGUGAGAUGGUGAGGAAGCCCUGUGUACCAGUCUUGAACGAUACGCCCAGGCAUGCAAGAGCGCGGGGAACCCUGGUACCUGGAGAGCACAUGUGCCAGAAUGCCCGCUAAACUGUCCUUCGAACACUGUGUACGAUCCGCUUUUCAGUGGCUGUCCAGCAACAUGUUCCUCUGCUUCCAGCUCAUUGUCCUGCAAUGCCACCUGCCAGGAGACAUGCCGGUGUGAGGAUGGACUGGUGCUCGAUGGCGGGAAGUGCGUUGAUCCAUCGCAGUGUGGUUGCACUCUGGACAACGGUGUUUAUAUUCCGGUAAUCGGGGGAGCAUGGACCGACUCGGACUGCACACAACGGCACUGUGAAGCUGGGCAUUCCCAGUGUGAUCCUUUUGAGUGCGGAGAGAACGAAGAAUGUGAUAUCAAGAACGUUCCAAGCUGUUACUGCAAAGAUGGCUACAUCUCCCUUGGAGAUGCCUGCUUUAGAGCUCCUGGGUAUUGUCAGAUCUGGGGUGAUCCUCAUUAUGUUACCUUCGAUAAGAAGAAGUACAACUUCCAGGGUGCCUGCGACUACACUUUGGUCAGAGAUUGCGGAAACUCCAGUGACUACCACCUGUGGUCCAACAAUGAACGACGGCGCCCAUCCGACCGUGUUUCUUUCCUGAGGGAAGUGAUACUUGAUCUGAGGGGUUCCCGAUACUCUUUGAUGAAGGGCUUCCACGUCAGAGUAAAUGGCGUAGAUGUGUCUGACUACCUUCCCUACAUUGAUGACCAGGCCUUGAUCUACCGGGAUGUGACAUCAGUGAAUCUGGUAACGGAUUUCUUGUGGGUGAGCUACGACGGACAAGACAGCGCCGAGUACCUGAGCUACUAUGCAGGAAGAACCUGUGGCCUUUGUGGAUCUUUUGAUGGGGAGAAGAAGAAUGAUUUGCUGCUUCCUUCCGGGGAUUUGGCAAGAUCUGCCACUGAGUUUGGAAACAGUUGGGUGGUUAAUCCUGACCAGUGCGAAGAUGUGGAUCCAGGUCCAACCGAUCCUUGCGAGGAGGGAGAGAACGGACUGACAGCAUCUAGUGAUCUCUGCUAUUACUUGAAGGAUCCUACAGGACCAUUUGAAUCUUGUAUUGAGAUUUUGAGCCCUGACGACUACUACGACUCCUGCGUCUAUGACGUUUGCUUAACCGGUGAUGAUGCUCUGUGUGCCAGUCUCGCCCAGUAUGCCCGUGCCUGCAAGAUGGAGGGAGGGAAUCCUGGCAGAUGGAGACUGGUAGAUCGUGUUUGUGCGCUGAACUGUCCUUCGAACACUGUGUACGAUCCAUGCUUCAGUGGCUGUCCAGCAACAUGUUCCUCUGCUUCCAGCUCAUUGUCCUGCAAUGCCACCUGCCAGGAGACAUCGUGUGAGGAUGGACUGGUGCUCGAUGGCGGGAAGUGCGUUGAUCCAUCGCAGUGUGGUUGCACUCUGGACAACGGUGUUUAUAUUCCGGUAAGCUUGACAUCCAUCUGGGGAGCAUGGACCGACUCGGACUGCACACAACACUGCACCUGUGAAGCUGGGCGUUCCCAGUGUGAUGCUUUUGAGUGCGGAGAGAACGAAAAAUGUGAUAUCAAGAACGGAGUUCCAAGCUGUUACUGCAAAGACGGCUACACCUCCCUUGGAGAUGCCUGCUUUAGAGCUCCUGGGUAUUGUCAGAUCUGGGGUGAUCCUCAUUAUGUUACCUUCGAUAAGAAGAAGUACAACUUCCAGGGUGCCUGCGACUACACUUUGGUCAGAGAUUGCGGAAACUCCAGUGACUACCACCUGUGGUCCAACAAUGAACGACGGCGCCCAUCCGACCGUGUUUCUUUCCUGAGGGAAGUGAUACUUGAUCUGAGGGGUUCCCGAUACUCUUUGAUGAAGGGCUUCCACGUCAGAGUAAAUGGCGUAGAUGUGUCUGACUACCUUCCCUACAUUGAUGACCAGGCCUUGAUCUACCGGGAUGUGACAUCAGUGAAUCUGGUAACGGAUUUCUUGUGGGUGAGCUACGACGGACAAGACAGCGCCGAUGUGUACCUGAGCUACUAUGCAGGAAGAACCUGUGGCCUUUGUGGAUCUUUUGAUGGGGAGAAGAAGAAUGAUUUGCUGCUUCCUUCCGGGGAUUUGGCAAGAUCUGCCACUGAGUUUGGAAACAGUUGGGUGGUUAAUCCUGACCAGUGCGAAGAUGUGGAUCCAGGUCCAACCGAUCCUUGCGAGGAGGGAGAGAACGGACUGACAGCAUCUAGUGAUCUCUGCUAUUACUUGAAGGAUCCUACAGGACCAUUUGAAUCUUGUAUUGAGAUUUUGAGCCCUGACGACUACUACGACUCCUGCGUCUAUGACGUUUGCUUAACCGGUGAUGAUGCUCUGUGUGCCAGUCUCGCCCAGUAUGCCCGUGCCUGCAAGAUGGAGGGAGGGAAUCCUGGCAGAUGGAGACUGGGUGUGGAUGAAUGCCAGCUGAACUGUCCUUCGAACACUGUGUACGAUCCAUGCUUCAGUGGCUGUCCAGCAACAUGUUCCUCUGCUUCCAGCUCAUUGUCCUGCAAUGCCACCUGCCAGGAGACAUGCCGGUGUGAGGAUGGACUGGUGCUCGAUGGCGGGAAGUGCGUUGAUCCAUCGCAGUGUGGUUGCACUCUGGACAACGGUGUUUAUAUUCCGUCUGGGGGAGCAUGGACCGACUCGGACUGCACACAACACUGCACCUGUGAAGCUGGGCGUUCCCAGUGUGAUGCUUUUGAGUGCGGAGAGAACGAGGAAUGUGAUAUCAAGAACGGAGUUCCAAGCUGUUACUGCAAAGACGGCUACACCUCCCUUGGAGAUGCCUGCUUUAGAGCUCCUGGGUAUUGUCAGAUCUGGGGUGAUCCUCAUUAUGUUACCUUCGAUAAGAAGAAGUACAACUUCCAGGGUGCCUGCGACUACACUUUGGUCAGAGAUUGCGGAAACUCCAGUGACUACCACCUGUGGUCCAACAAUGAACGACGGCGCCCAUCCGACCGUGUUUCUUUCCUGAGGGAAGUGAUACUUGAUCUGAGGGGUUCCCGAUACUCUUUGAUGAAGGGCUUCCACGUCAGAGUAAAUGGCGUAGAUGUGUCUGACUACCUUCCCUACAUUGAUGACCAGGCCUUGAUCUAC